AUGCUCGCUGGCUACAACUGCACGAUAUUUGCCUACGGCCAGACGGGGACGGGCAAGACGUACACCAUGUCGGGGGACAUGUCCGACACACUGGGCAUGCUGUCUGACGAGGCCGGCAUCAUCCCCCGCGUCCUGCAGCAGCUGUUUGACAAGCUCGAGAACGAAAACACCGACAACUGCGUCAAGUGCUCCUUCAUCGAACUAUACAACGAAGAGCUCCGGGAUUUGCUCUCCACCGACGAGAGCGCAAAGCUCAAGAUCUACGACGACGCCUCAAGACGAGGCCAUGCGACUACGCUUGUUCAGGGCAUGGAGGAAAAGCACAUCAAAAAUGCGGCCGAGGGAAUCAAGGUGCUCCAGGAGGGCAGCCUGAAGCGCCAGGUUGCCGCCACCAAGUGCAACGACUUGAGUUCUCGAAGUCACACCGUCUUCACCAUUACGGCCUACGUCAAGAGCUCAAACGAUCAGGGGGUGGAGGAACUCGUGAGCGCCGGCAAGCUGAACCUGGUGGACCUGGCUGGCAGCGAAAACAUUCAGAGAUCGGGCGCGGAGAACAAGCGAGCUACCGAGGCCGGCUUGAUCAACAAAUCGCUGCUCACCCUGGGCCGAGUCAUCAAUGCGCUGGUGGACCACAGCCCUCACAUCCCCUACCGGGAGUCGAAACUGACCCGUCUGCUGCAAGACUCGUUAGGGGGGCGAACCAAGACAUGCAUCAUUGCCACCAUUUCUCCCUCAAAGAGCAACCUCGAAGAAACGAUCUCAACACUCGAAUAUGCCUUUCGCGCCAAAAACAUACGAAACAAGCCUCAGAUGCAUAUGAUGUCCAAAAAGAUGCUCCUGAGGGACUUUACUGUCGAGAUUGAGAAGCUAAAGAGUGAGCUGAUAUCCACAAGGCAGCGCAACGGCGUGUACCUAUCCAACGAAAUGUUCGAGGAAAUGACCGCACAGAGCGAGUCGAGGAGGAUAGUGCUGGAGGAGAAGAGCGCGCGUCUCGAGACAUUGGAGGCAAAUCUGCGGAACAAGGUCCAAGAGCUCUUUUCCCUCAACAUCUCCUUUAUGGGUAUGAAGAAAGACCACGAGGCGACCAAGGCGCAGCUGGACGAGACACAAGGUCUUCUCGACCAGACAGACAUUGUUCUCGCCGCGACCCGAAAGACGUUGGAAGAGGAGACGGAGCGGCGCAAGGCUCACGAGGAGACGGAGGAGAAGCUGACGGAGAUUGGCAGCGUGCUGAUUGACAAGCUGCAGAAGACGGUCAAGGAUGUCAAUGGUCUGCACGCAAAGAAUAAGCGCAAAUCGGAUCUGCACUUACUCAACCGGACGGCCUGGAGCUCAUCCCAGUCUCAGGUGGCAGAGGUAACGUCAAUGGUGGAGCGACGGGUUCGUGUGUUCCAGGAGGAGCAGCAGGAACAAAUCCUGAGCGUAUCGAGAAGAAUGGAGACGUUUGUGCAGGAAGAAUUACAGAAGCUUUCCGCCACCCAGGCCUUUCUGGAGGAGAACUUUGACGCCUUUGCAGAGUCCAAGAGACAGCUCCUCGAGCAGAAGCAGAAAUCCAAGGACGACAUGGACGAGGUGCUGGAGGAGAUCAAGGAGGUUCGCGACAACGUUAAAGAACGAGUCGGCGAAAGUCUGCAAGCUAUUGCACAGGCCGCAGAGAAGAUUGCUGGCGACGUGUUGAAUGAGAUGACAGAGUUCCACGACCAGCUUCACACCUCGUACAGCUCCCUGGGCAAGGAUUUCAAGUCCAUCUUUGAAGAGCUCGUCCGGCACAUUACCGCUCAGCGCUGCGAGUCCGACAACCUGAGGAGACAGCUGCAGAGCGCCACAAACACCAUUAUGCUACAGAAUGCCAACAUUUCGACCCGCAUGCAGGAGGCGUUGGAAGAAGAGAGGCGACAAGCGGCCGAGGAGCGCCAAAAGCUUCUCGGUCAAAUCUCAGCCUUGAUCAACUCGCAGGCCGAAGCACAGGAGAGCCGCUUCGCAGAGAGGACCUCGCAGAUCCAGAAGAACAUGGCUGACUACAACGCAUCCCUCGAGGGUGCCAUCACUCAGUACGGUCAAGGCAUGGACGUGUGGGACGGAAAGGAGGGCGAGCUGCUGGAGGAGGUGAAGAAGUCGCGCGAUCAGCUCAAGACGAAGCUGAAGGACGACUGGAACUCAGCCGAAGGCCGCAGCAACUCGAUUCGGAGCACGGCGAACCAAGUCCACGCCGAGACCGUGCGCGUCGUGGGCGCUCAGAUCGACGACCUGGACCUGCAGAUGGAAGCUAUGGACGACUUUGUGACUCGUGCCAAGUCUGAGAGCAACACCCACCACGAGACACACAUGCAGUCUAUUCAGGCGCUGUCGAACACAGUGGAUCAAUCGUUUGGCAACAUCUCAGCUCACUUCAAGACCACCUUUGAUCGCGUCAAGAACCUCGGCGAGGCCAUGGAUCUUGACGCCGGCGAUCUGCAUGACAGCCUUGAGCCUCUGACGGCGCAAAUAUGCCAACCUCUUUCAGCCCUGCGCGAACAGAUUGGCAAGACGGCGCUUCAGGAUUACCGGCCGACCGGGGAGACUCCCCAGAAAGCGCAAUACCAUUUCCCUACAAGCUUGCCUCGUACUGAGACGCACGCCGCCCUCAACUUCAAGAGCGGCGGCAACUCUCCUAACCCCAAUGAGGCCGGUGAAGGAGAUGCCGACGAGGACAACGACACCCUUGUCUUUACCGACCUCGACACCUCUUCCAAGACCACAAGCUCACCCCCACGUCCCUCGAUUGAGAGCAUCUCGGAUAAGAGCGCAAGCCUGCGCGAAGUCAAUCCCAACAUCUCCAGUCUCGCCUCCAGCGUCAUCUCCUUCGAGUCCGGCUCGAGCACCAUGUCCGCCGCGUCGGGGGACUCCAUGCCGCUGUAUAAGCGCAGCGCUCGUUCCACGCGGGCGAGCUUGCGGAAGCAUAGUCUGCUUCCCGAGGGCCGUGAGAAUUUGCCUAUGACGGCUCUGGCGGAGAGCAUGGCGAGGAGAAAGAGCCCGCGGAUCAACUGA